AUGGAACGGCAAUCAGUUCUUCAAGCACUACUAACGACGCCACCGAGUCGUCUACGGGAAGCCCCGCCGAUGGACUGGAAAAGAGGGCAUGAGUCUUCUUCUGAGCAAGUAGAGACAUGGAAUGCUGACGUGUCGCACAAGCACAACACGACAGACUUUAAGCGGGGCCGCGCCGAGCCGAUACCGAUGCUUAUGCUUGCAAAUGACGAGCGCUGGGAUCGUAUAGAUCGGGAUGACUAG